AUGCUUUUUGGAGAAGGCCUGUACGUCUGCCGCCUUGAUCGGCCGCUCAAGCAGUUGCUUGUUGACGACCCGCUGAACAUCCGGCAUUGCCGCAACGUCCCCAAAGCGAGGGAGGAUCGCCUCCUCACGAAGGCCUGCCACUUCUGCAUGAACCCGAACCGCGCGCGUAGGGACGCAUCCAUCUCCCUCUCUAGGCGCUAUGCUUUUGCCUAUCUGCAAGAAGCGGUCGACGGCGUUCUCGAUUUUGAGCCGGGCGUCUUCGGCGAGGUCGAUUAUGGUGGCCCGAAGCGCGCCCCAUAUACCAUAUCCAGCGGAACUUCCUUGAAGACGGAUACUCGCGGUCUUCUCCGGCGCUACUUCACUUCGCAGGAGCUUGCGGAGGUUACUGCUGCUUCUACCACUGGCACGAGGCUCGACGACACGAACAAGCGCCAGACGAAGAUGCGACUCUCCACGUUCGAGCGGCUUCCAUUGGAUGUGCUAUAUGAGAUAUUCUACCUCUGCCAUCCCCAUGCGCUGCUGCAGCUCUCGCGCGUGUCAGAGGGCUUCAGACGAACGAUACUGGACCCUAAGUCUGCAAGGAUCUGGCGAACGACCCUUUCAAACAUCGACAAACUACCUUUCAAACCUCCCAACGUGAGCCUGCCUCGCUUCGUGCAUAUCCUGUUCGAUGAUUUCUGCUUUUAUUGCGCGCGGAGACCAGCCACACACUUCGCUUGGAUGGCGCUUCAGAAGAUGUGCGAGACGUGUCUGCCAGUACAAUUUCCCAACGGAGAUGACCUGGAUGAACGAUGCGACCUGGUCAAGGACAAGUUCGUAUGGCUUAAAUCGAUCAUCCCUUCCAUGCCUUCCAAUACGAGUGUCAUCUGCGGGAAUCGGUACUCUCUCGAUAUGCUCAAGAGAUGCAAUGCAGCGUACACAAUGCUCAAGCCCAGGGAUGAAGUUUGCAACCAGUUUCUUUUUGAGAGGCAAUGCCGUAUGAAGGAAAAGAAUGAGGAACGGUAUCCCAUCAAGAAGUGGCUGGAAGCUCAAGCCGCUAGUCGUGCUGCAGCGCGAGCCGAAGAACUCGAGGAGAUCCAUCAUCAGCGGAGUCUAUUCAUCAAUCAUAAGAUGUUAUCCAGUAACUGGGGCUCCACGCUCGCCAUGUCGCCGGACAGCCUCAAGAUUCUCGAGCGACGAUGGAUUCAACAGGAUACCGAACUCACGGAAUACGGUUGGGACAAUAUCAAAGACGACGUCAAACGCUUCAUGCAAGAGAGCACAACAAGAUCCCCUCUACAAGAGGAAGAUCGCGCCCUGCGCAAGAGGUACGAGCAAGUGGCGAGUGAGUAUGAGGCAUUCCUACGCGAACAAGAAUUUCGCGCCAUCCUGCCCCGUUUCGAGGAUGUCGCGGCUAUGCCCGAUGUUCAGCGCCUCGUCAACGAGCGGCCACUUGACCGCGACCUUGAGAACGCCGACAUUUGGGCCAUCUUCGAGAGGCGUGAUCUCGCGCAAGGCAAAGUGUGGCGCAACUCCUGCGACGCGGCCCUCCUCGGGCUGAUGAGGGAAGCGCUCGGCAUGCAUGUCUCUGCAAAUGACCUGAGGCUAGCAACGACACAUUUCUCGUGGAAGGCUCCCGGCGCCUGUCGUGAGCUGCUCGGGUAUCCCGAGGUCCUCGACACCCACAGGGUAACGCGCGGGGUGGAGUCCUACGGCGCUAACACCGUUUUGGAUCCGUGGACCGCGAAGUACUUGCGCUUCGACCUGACGGCGCACGCCCGUGCGGAGCAGCUCAUCAAGAUCGCCGGAGAGGACCCGAAGACGAUUACGACGCAAGAGCUGGACGACAAGAAUAAAUGGUUCGAGAAACGCACAGCGAAGACGAAAACUCCAAGUGAGCGUCAUGUGAUGCGAUGGCGCGAAGCGGUCUACUCUACCCGGAUCCGAGUCGCCAACCUCGUCCUCGCCAACGCAAAGGACGCCGCCACGGCGCGCCAUACUCUCCUUCGCACCGAGUGGAAACCCGACCUGUCGUUCUGCCGUCGAGUGCGAUGUACGCACUGCGACGCAAUCUUGACCCGCCAGAACUCGCCCGACCACGAGCUGCACAUUAUCCUGCAUCUGCAAACGAGGCAUCGUAUCAAGGUCCCCACGCCGGUCGACUUCGAAGUGGAUCCCUUUGGUCCGCGGCCACCUGGCACCGUCACGAUCCAGUCGAAGUGUUUAAGAUGCGCACAAGACGCCCGACCUAUGCAUGAAUCGGUGGCCGAUGACGCAAGACAUCGAGCACAACUGCCCACUUUCGUUACGCGCAGCACAGCGCAAUGACAACCUCGGCAAGACGGGUAAUGAUAUCGGACGCUGUAUACGGUGAGUGAUCGUUGAUAGACGGUGCUUACGAAGGACAGAGGUGGUCACUCCAUCGUAACGGCAAGUGGUCCUGUAUACAGAACAUUUGUUGGAGUACACUCGGAGUGUGCCCUGUAAAC